AACCAGCGCAGAUCAAGUGAUUGAUGACGUAUGACGCGCCAAAUGCAUCAUUCACCUGAACCAGGUUUCAGAUCUCAGGUGUGUUUGAUCAGAAGGGCGCGCUGUUGUCUAUAAAUACAGAUGAAUCCCAAACAACGUUUCCCGACCAGUUCUGUUGUUUCCCGUGUAUCGUAAGAAUCAACAUCAUGGCACCCGGUAAAAAACGUUCUGUGGCUUGGGAUCAUUUCAACUUGAUUUCUCCAAAUAAGGUAAUACACUAUUAACGUUAUUUUAUUAGUAGCCAUUGCUGAUUAUGUCAGUUUUAUAGGUAUGUCUGUCAGUUGAAAGGAAUCAUUUUUAUUCUUUCCAUUUCUUUUUUAGGUGCAAUGUUUGAUUUGCAAACAUGAAUUUGCAUUUAAUGACAGUACAUCCUCCAUGAUGCGACAUCUCCGCUCCGUUCCUCAUGUUGAAACUCCGCAGUCUGCAAAUCAAGCCUUCAAUCCACCUCAUAUUGUGUCAAGAAAGCAAGAACUUGAUUCUGCAUUGGUGGAUAUGAUUGUAAUGGAUGCACAACCAUUUUCAAUUGUUGAAGACAAAGGCUUCAAGGCUUUUGUCAACCUUUUGGACCCAUCCUACAAAAACAAUGGUGGAGGAGAAGUACAAAGCCAAAAAGGAGAAGGCCUUAGAUGUGGUUAGCAGGGCCUCUGCUGUCAGCCUUACAGCAGACAUGUGGACAUCCAUUAACAUGGACGCUUACUUGGCUGUAACAUGUCAUUUUAUCACCGAGGAGGUAGGUAUCCCCUGCUUUGUGCAAUGCUUUGGUUUAUGUAUCUCAGUUUGAUUUUGUUCAUUCUAGGUGGAGCUGGCCUCUGUGGUAUUGGGGGUUCUGAAGUUUCCCCAAACCCACACUGCAGCUCACUUGGCUGAGGCCAAAAAUCUUCUCAUGGAAGAAUGGGGAAUUAAAGGGAAGGUGACAGGCCUGGUUACAGACUGUGCUCCCAACAUGGUUGCAUGUGCUAAUAUAUUACUGCUUCGGCACAUAAUGUGUUUUGCACAUAUGCUUAAUUUGGUGGUGAAAAAGUCCCUCGCCCAAACCCCUGAACUAGAGGAUAUCCGAAGUAAGGGGCGUAGGAUUGUCUGUCUUUUUAAAUCCAGCACCACAGCGAAGGAGAAGCUGUCAGAGAUGCAGCGACAGCUGGCCAGGCCAGAGCACAAAUUAAUACAAGAGGUGGAAACGAGAUGGAACAGCACAUUUAAUAUGUUGGAAAGGCUGUUUAAGGAGAGAGAGCCACUGGGGGCAGCUCUGGCCACCCUCCAUACAGACCUUCCUCCACUCACCUCAGAGGACUACCAGGCCAUACACCACUGCUUGAGCGUUCUUUCACCGUUUCAAGAGGCCACAGUUGAGCUUUCGACAGAAAAACGAGUGUCAGCAUCCAAAGUCAUUCCCAUGGUCAAAAUGCUGAAACAUUACAUCUCAAGCAGGUGUGGUCAGAUCACACACCCACUUGGUGAAAAACUGGCCACUAACUUGAAGAACAAUCUCCAUGAGAGGUUUUCAGCUCUGGAGAAGGUCACUGCUCUGUCAAUGGCAACCUUGUUGGACCCAAGGUUUAAAGAGCUGGGGUUCUGCAGCCAAGGCUCUGCCCACACGGCCAUAGAGCGACUCACUAAAGAGUGUGCUGCAACAAUGCAGGUGCUACUUCCAGAGGCACAGCCACAGUCGCCACCUAGAGAAGGUCCUUCAAGUCAGCAGGAAGAUGGUCUCUGGGCCCUGCUGGACAGGCAUGUGGGGGUUCAACAGCAGGUGACCAGCACAACUGCCAGUGCAACAGUGGAGGUUCAGAGGUACUUAAAGGAACCUCACAUCCCAAGGACUCAGGACCCACUGAGAUACUGGGUUACCCACAAGGUUUUAUACCCACAUCUCUACAAGCUGGCAAUGAAGAUUUUAUGCACACCAGCUUCAUCUGUGCCUUGUGAGAGGAUGUUCUCCAAGGCUGGCGAAAUCGUCAGCCAAAGACGAAACAGGCUGAAGCCCAGCACAGUGGAGAAAAUUCUGUUUUUAAAUAAAAAUCUAUAACAUGUA